CAACACCUUCGCCCUCUCCCUCAAAAUCCCCGUCUCCUUCCACAUCUCCCGAGUUUAUUAAUCCGCCACGAUCCGGCGAGGUGAUUGAACUACCGUCGCGACCCUCCUCACGAGUCUCACGAACGUCCCCGCGGGCCGAAUAUAAAAAAGUAUCGCUCCCCAUGGAUGAAUACGUAAACCCCUCCUUGACAGUCAAGGCAAUCGGCACCCAGCAAACUCAGGUUUUCACGAACUAUAUCCUCGCAUCUUUCCCCUGCUUCUUCCGGUGUACAGAAGACCGUGUUCCUGUCAAUUGGGUUGAAUAUGUUGACCAACGUCGGGGGUCCAUGAACUCUUGCUUUGACUGGGCAGUCCGUGCAUGUACAGCCGCAUAUGUGGGCUUUCUCCAUAACGAUUUGCGAUAUCUUCAUGCCUCGCAGAGCUUGUACCAUCGUGCCCUUCGCGGUCUUGCCAAUCUAUUAUCAAGUGAAGUAACCGCCAAGUCGGACGAGGCCUUGGCUGCCGCAAUUACGUUGGCCAUUUUCGAGAAACACAACUGCAGCAGCCCAGACGCAUGGCUGCGCCAUGCAUCUGGUGUCCGGACACUGAUGAAACUACGUGGGCCGAAGGCCCAUUUGCAGGGGUUUGGCCGAGCCAUGUACAUUGUCUACCGCAAUUUUCUCAUCACUGCUGCCUUAGUUGAAGGCGAAGCUUGCUUCUUGGAAGAGCCUGAAUGGCGGGCGCUCAAUGAAGAAAUCGCUGCAGAUAACGCGAAACUACCGACUUCAUCACUAUAUACCGACGUGGUGGAGCGGGGAUUCCUUGAGGUAUUAAAGAUUCCCGGACUCGUGAAACGAACACGCGAACUACAGCGUCAAGCACCAAAGGAGAGAGCCGGAACUCAACCAGGUCUCCUCCAGGAUGUACAGGCACUUCGGGCCGCCCUUCGAGGCAUAUACACGGAAUUUGGUGUUUCGAUGUCGAUGCUUCGGUCCGGUCAGGAAGACAACGAUACGUUCGUGGGCCCUGUGCCUCAUUUCUUCUUCGAAGGCUAUUCAUCACUUUUCGCCCGCGGUAUCCGAUUAGCCCUACUAAUCCUCAACUAUCUGAUCGUGAUGAUGGAUCCGAAACAGCGAUCAACCAUCGAUUCUGAUAACUUUAUGCUCCUUAAUGAUAUGGCCCGCAAUCAGCAAAUUUCACAUCCAACCUUCAAAUAUAAGCUUCCGCUCACGCCCCCCAAGUCGCCAGGAAAACCAGGUAUCGUCGUGCAGUCGUUGAUAACCGCAGAAACAAGAGAACCGCCGACGACUGACUGGAUGGAUCGCAUCAUUACCACAAUGGGCCUUGAGGCUGUUCACGUCUGUCUGGUUGGAUAG